AAGUGCCAGCCGACCCCUAACAGCACUCUGGUGACACACACCCACACGGAGUGAUACACACACACACAGGAGUACGUUGUAACCCACCUCAACCUCGGGCAACAUGCGGAUUGCUCUGCCUCUGGUGGUCUUCCUGGCCGUGGCAGGUUUACACUACGCCAGUGCAGCCUCCCUGUCCUCCAAGGGGAGCGAUGGCAAGGACAACAAGGAGGAUUCAUCUGAGUCAUCUGAAGAGAAAGUUGACCAGUUGACCCGGCUGCGGAAAAUAGACCAGCUGAUGUUUGAGGCCGCCCAGCAGGAGAAUACAGAGGGCAAGACGGUUGCCCCCAGUAACGCCACUCCCACUCCUGGCUACGGGGCCGCGGAGGUCAAGAGCUCUGAGGAGGUGGAGACUGCAGGAGAUCAGCUGGAGGCUGCGAAGGUCUCUGGUGCGGACUCUGACUCCAUGGACACUCCCUCUGCAGGAGACCAGUUUGAGGCGGCCCAGGUGGAGGAGGCAAAGGAGACCAAGGCUACAGGAGAGAAGAGCAGUUCAGAAGAGGACAGUAAGGAGGAAUCUAAAGAAGAGUCUCACUACAUGGGGGCCAAACAGGACGAAGAUACGCAUGAGGUCGUUCUGGAGGAGAGCACUAAUGGCAUGAAAAAUGAUGCUCAGGAGACCAAAAUUGAUGAAAAUGCGGGCAAUGACAGUGAAGGUGACUCUGAGUCAGAGGAGAAGUCAGAGGCUGCCCACACCUCCACCAACACCAGGCAAGCACACGAUGAGACCACGGGGGACUUGGCCAAGGAGAAAGCUCUGGUGGAGUGACUCAUCUGACCCAGUGGCCUGGAGUGGAGGAGAGAGGACAAGGUCCACACAUCAGCUCAGAUAUUACACUUAACUGGAGCAGACUGAUUCUGUUGAAUAAAUAAGAAUCACUACAACCUAAUAAAUAAAUAUGGACCCUUACAACCACA